GUGAAAGAGAGAGAGAGAGAGGGUGUGUGUGUAUGUGUGUAUAUGUGUGUACGAGCGUGUGUGGAGAGAAAGAGCGAGGGAAAGCGCACUCCAGGUUGGCGCAGGGACCGGUCCGGAAGAACGGAGCGUUGUGCACGGUGGCAGCAUGGCUUCGUCUCACGGGAGAAGCGACCUGCGGUUCGCAGACUGGAUGGCAAGUUUACCACAGAGCAUGCACACAACCCCGCUCACCAACCUGGCGAUUCCCGGUUCCCAUGAUUCCUUCAGUUUUUACAUUGAUGAGGCGUCUCCAGUCGGCCCCGAGCAGCCAGAGACAGUGCAGAACUUUGUUUCUGUUUUUGGCACAGUGGCCAAGAAGCUAAUGAGGAAGUGGUUAGCUACACAGACUAUGAACUUCACAAGCCAACUGGAGGCUGGGAUUCGCUUCUUUGACCUGCGCAUCUCCACCAAGCCCCGCGACCCUGACAACGAGCUGUACUUCGCCCACGGGCUCUUCAGUGCCACGGUCAGAGAAGGUCUAGAGCAGAUCAGUACUUUCCUGUCAGCUCAUGCCAGGGAGGUCGCGUUCCUGGACUUCAACCACUUCUAUGGCGUACAGAACCUGCACCAUGAAAAACUGGUGACCAUGUUGAAAGAUGUGUUUGGAGAGAAACUCUGCCCAGUUGUCUUUGCUCAGGAGGUGACUCUGCAGUAUCUGUGGGAGAAGGAGUAUCAGGUGCUGGUCUUUUACCACCACCCCAUGGCCCUGGAGGUGCCCUUCCUAUGGCCCGGACAGAUGAUGCCUGCUCCAUGGGCCAACACAACUGACCCAGAGAAGUUGGUUCAGUUCCUUCAGGCUUCUGUCACUGACCGCAGGAGGAAGGGGACGUUCUUUGUCUCACAGGUGGUUCUGACACCAAAGGCCAGCACGGUGAUGAAGGGUGUGGCUAGCGGACUGAGAGAGACCAUCACAGAAAGGGCCUUACCCGGCAUGAUGCAGUGGAUCAGAUCACAGAGACCCGGGGAGAGCGGCAUCAACAUUAUCACAGCUGACUUUGUGGAGCUCGGAGAAUUCAUCAGUGCUGUCAUCACCCUCAACUAUCACCUGGAUGAGGAUGACGAUGACGCUACCUGAGAGCCUGCAGGGGGUAUCAGGGAGCACAGUCCCCACCGCUGCUGCCAGUGACUGGGUCUGUGCUCUCAUUUUUUCUCUUUGGCAUUUAUUUCAGGAGGGGAGUUACACCGCUCCUUUCGCUUUAUUUAGGGCUAUAGUGAAUCGAGAGCUCAAAUGGAAAAGAAAGUUGAGAAACAAACGUUGGUGUUUAGUUGGAGAACUAAGCGAAAAAGGUUUUGUUUCCUGUUUUGGGGGCAUCAAGGUGUUUUUUUUUUCAAGAGAGAUGUUAGUUUUCUUUACUUCCUGUGCUGUAAAAAGAACUGCUUUUUCCACAGAUCUAAUGCACUGUUUCUAGGCGUACCGCUUCAUCAAAGGUAGUCCCCUCAGAGCAUAUCAACUUUCUGCUAAAUGUAUUGGUAGGUCAUUCUUAAUAUUCUAGUGACAGUGACAGCUUUUCCAGAGGUUGUUUUAAAUAGGUCUGUGUAACUUAAACCACUCAAAUUCUAGUCAUGUGUAAGUAGCUAGCAGUCAUUUAUCUUGUUUGAAGAAUCUGCCCAACAGAAUAUUUAUUUAUUGUUUUUCCAACAAUAUGCAUCCUGGAUCACAUCACAGUAGGUGUGUCUGAAAACACCUCCAGUAGCUUGAAUGCAGAGUAUACUUAAAAGGUGUUAUUACAAUGUCUUUCUUCAUUACAAAAAAACUGACAUUUUCCAUUUUGAUGUGGAGCAGUAGUCUCAAGGCGUUUUCUCCCUCUUGACUGACCUCAUCUUGCAGCCCAGAGAUUGAUCAGACCUGUGCAGUUUCUGUGUAGCUUGACUAAUGUGUACUUAAUCUUUUGUUCAUCUACACUAAAAAAUAAUGUUCGCAUUGUCAGUGCAUUUAAAAUUUCAAAACAAGCACUGUCUGUCGCUGCUAGGGACAGAAUUACAGAAAAAUCAUUUGUUUAGGAGAGCAAGAAAUGCAAUCGAUGCUACUAGUCAUUUCUAAUAGUUGGGAAUCCAGUGUGACAAAUUUAUUGGAUUUUGUGGUGGGUGCUGAGUCGUGAUAGCCAAGUAUAAAAAUACAGUAUAUCUGGGUACUAGAGUGUGUCCACCAUCUGUGAUUCCUCUGCUGGAUACUUGGCCCCUGUAUGUGCGUCUAUACUUACUGCUGUAGUGCAGUAUAUAUGAGUCAUGAGUUGUUUCACAGUAUUUUGUCGUUUAUAAGCUGAUAAAGUUGCCUAACCCUCGGUUUUAUUUCAAGAAAGAAAAGAACAUCAUAAAUCACAGUCGGGGGUCUUGAUGUGUCAACAGUCAUAAUAAUACAAUAAAUGUUUAGUUAAGAUAUAGCUGUAGCUCUUUGGUGUCCACUUUAUUAGGUGUUUCAUGUAACUGAAUCGCUGAAUUUCUGCUAUAACAAUGGUGCAAUACAUUUAGCACGCUCAUAUUUUCUGUAUGUUUAAGGCAUUUCAUUCUUUACUGUGCAAUGUUAAAUGGAAAAGUACAUUGAAAUGACACCCACAAAGACAAUGGAAAUAAGUUUACUGCAAGGUUUUACACAUUAUGCAUGAAAACAGUCACAGUCUAGUCCACACAGUUCAUGAACAGUGUGGCAUCUUCUGCAGAGAAUGUAAUAUGUAAAGGACAUUGUUGUCUAGUGAUGUAAAGCCACAAACAGGAAACUCAACUCUUAGGAUUUGUGAAUGUGUGUGUCUUGUGAGUAACUGUGCCAUUUCUAAAAGUUUCAUGUGAUUGACUGAGUAUCAGCUAGAAAGUCAUGUUUGUGUCGUAUGCUUCAGUGUGAAAAUGAGUUCAAGUUUUAGAGUUCAAACAGUACUUCUUUGACUUCAGUGUGGUUUCAUGUUAAAAUGUUUUAUAUUGUGGAAAGUUUGUACAUAUUAUAACUGCAAAUAUUGUACUGCCGAAAAAUUGUAAAUUAUUUAAAUUAUUAUGAAGUCACUGACAACAAUUUCUUAACUUAUACCUUAAACAAACUCUCACACUGCUUCUUGUUUUUCACAUUUAUUUAGUGCGUCACCUUUAUGCAUGAACCAAAAACUUCUACAUUACAUGUACUUUUUGUUUUACACCAACAGGUUUCCAUGACGUUUGUGCAUAACCUCUGUUAUUUUCUGAAUAUUGUUCUUAAGAGCAUGGGUGCAUCUCAGCAUCUCAGCAGAAAAUGUUUGUACCCUUUAAGACAAAUCUCUAAAUUCAUUUCUUUUUUAAAUGUUCCACUGCUACUACCCCAUACAGAUUAAUAAUGAACACACGUAAAUGAAAACACACUUGAAAGGCUUGCAAAAUUGUUUUGCAUUUGACCUUUGUGUCUUCCCUAGUCCAAACUGUUGUCAUUGCCUCUAUGUACUGGUGUGAAAACAGUCCCUUGCUAUUGUAAAACUUAAAAAGCCUUCGUUCAAAUGAAGGUGACUCUGUUCUAAGUGGAAAAUGGUUGAUCAAAUAAAGCUUCUAUGCCUAUUAAAUGACUAAAUGAAGUGUCAAUUCCUGACCAGUUUCUGGUUAAUUGAGCGCUAAUCGUUUGUUUGCUCGGUUAGUUGCUUAAUUUAAAAAGUCAUUAUUAAAGCCGUUAUAAUAAAAUUGUAAAUGAAUGCAAUCAACAAAUGACAGUCCUCUAAAUAUAAAGUACAUUUGCAGCUUUUAAGCCAGCAUAGCAGUAUUUUAUUCCCUAUCUGUGCCUAGAAACAUCCUAAAAUCAUCCAGUUUCCAGGGUGAUGAGGAUGGAGGUGGGUGGGCAGCAGCACCCAGGGUGACCUUGCUGGGACUGUGUUUUGUAAUUCAGCAUCUGCCAUUCUGUGCACAGGUGUUGCUCAUGAAGAGAAAGCAGAGAUGGCUUAGAUACUGAAUGGUUCACUGUGUGCGAUUUUGUGUGCAUUUUACUGUAGCUUUGAGGUCUUUACCUGUUA